UACAAUCAUCACAGCAGCUAGGUACAGGCUGAAGUCCACCAGAGGAACCAGAGAACCUGCCACAGGGUAGAAAGUUUUGAUUCAGAAUGUCAGGAGAUGAAAUCAAGCACGAGGUCUUCACAAUAACUGAGGCUGCAGAAGGGAGGAACACAAGCAAGAAGUGGUGCAUCUUCGAGAAGUAUGUCCAGCCCUGCCUGACCGAGCUGUUCGGGACCAGCCUGUUUGUGUUUGUCGGGUGUGCGUCUGUUAUUGGAAAUGUGGGGACAUUGGGCGUCAUCCAGCCCGCUGUGGCACACGGACUGGCUCUGGGGGUGCUGAUCAUGUUGUUUGGGCAAAUAAGUGGGGGGCACUUUAACCCUGCUGUGUCUCUGAUGGCGUUCCUGUGCGGAGGGAUGGAGCUUCCUCUGCUCGUGCCUUACAUCGUGGCUCAGAUGGUUGGAGGCAUGGCUGGUGCUGGUUUGACCAAGGCGAUAUACCCCACCGACAAGUAUGCUGCUUCCCUUGGAGGGGCCUUCAGCGUAGCCCCAAAUGCUCUGGCUGAAUCCUGCCUUGCAGAGGUCGUCAUGACGACAUUUCUUACCACUGUUGUGUGCAUGGGGGCCAUUAACGCAAAAACUCGCUCGCCGUGGGCCGCCUUCUGCAUCGGCCUCACUGUGACAGCCAACAUAUUUGCUGGAGCAACGAUAUCUGGAGCCUGUAUGAACCCUGCCCGAGCCUUUGGUCCUGCAGUGGCUGCCAACCACUGGAGCCAUCACUGGAUCUACUGGGUUGGACCCAUUUGUGGUGCUCUGGUCACUGUCAGCUUUAUCAGGUUGAUGUUCGGUGACCAGAAGACUCGACUUGUAUUGAAGUAAAUGUCUUAUUUAUUAAGGAAGAAAAGACAGAUUACCUCUCAGUUCAUAUGUUGAUACCAAUUGCAUUUUGUAUGUUCAUAAAUAUAUCAAUCAUUAGACUGUACAAUUUUUAUUUUCCAGAACAAAAAGUACAAAUAUAUUUUUCCAUGAAACCAGCUAGAUCUGAUGAUGUCCCCUUUUCUGCCUUGUUUGUAUUGUUUAAAGAUUCUUGUUUUGAUGUGAUAAAGCAUUGGGACCUACUCCUAACUAGGAAUUACUCUUGGAAAGUGUCUGGCAAGAUUUGAAAAUAAAUACACAAAAUUCACAAAAUG